AUGUUGGGCCUUUUGGUCGACCUGUACCCGAGUGAAGCGGGAGGGGCGGGCCCGGAAUGCCUCGCGCAUACGAAGGCUCUGUUUUCGGAGCUGGGCAGCCCGAACGUCUCCGACUGGGCGCUGCAGAUGGUGGACGCGACCGGGAAGGCUCCGUCUGGGAUCCUGACGGGAAACGUCUGGGGGAUGGGGAACUUCCACGAAUGCCUGGGGGUCAGGGCCGCGUUGGACGCCGAGGAGAACGUGACGGAACUCCAAUUUUCGGGGAAAUACUGCCUCGUCUCCUUCGACUUGCACAUCGAGGACCAGCCGUCGACGAGAAGCGGGGACUUCAUCCUCAACUUGGGUGGAUUGGCAGCCGGUGCCGGGAUGAACAACAUCCCGAUCCUCAUCGAGGGGAUCUGUCUCCCUUCCUCCUGCAGCAAUCAAGACCUUUUCGUGAGUCUUCAUCGGGAUGAGAAUAAAUGA